AAACUUGUGAGUGGAAGAAUCCGAGGGUGGCGUACUAUCAAUGAUCACGAACAGCCUUUCGGCUGGUUCAUGUCGUUGUCCAACGGUAUUUUGCAGAUUAGGCUAUAUGGUGAUUGAUUCUCACCGGGUCAGCGUUAUCUAGGACGCGAUUUCCCCUCACCUCGAGUCUGCCCUGAUCCCCCCCUUUCAAGAUAUCCCUUGACUACACCUGCGUCUCUUCUUACCACCCUCCUCGUUUCUUGAGUAUGCACUUCGUUCGCUUCUUUACGUAUAUUACUUCUUGUCUCUCUGUUGUGCGUGCGUUCAGUGUGACUGUUGGGACUCCCACUCAAUGUGAUCCUCUCACCAUUUCAUGGACUGGUGGGCAAGCACCAUUUGAGAUAAUCAUAACUCCCUCUUUGGAAAUGUAUCAGAAUUAUUCUGUACCAUCAUCAGCCUUCAGCAAUGGCAAAGGCUCUUAUUCAAUAUCGCCAUUAUUGUUGUCUGCGGGAAAAACAUUUCUACUCACUAUGUCUGACGCCACCGGAUUCGGUUCGGGUGGGACGACAAACAACUUAACUGUUGGAAAUCCGGUUACAAAUAACAACUGCUACAUUCCAGAUUCUGCACCUCCUUUUGAGUUUGCGUUUUCGUCGUUAUCCCCGCUGACGCAAUGCAGUCUAUCGACCAUUUUGACCAUUAAUGGUAGUCCAGUCCUGCCCAUUACUAUUGUGCAACUUAUUCCUGCCGGACAAUCAGCCGUAUUCUAUUCGAAUAACGACACUUUUACCUUCGUCGUAGACGUUAACGCAGGGACGGACCUCCUGUAUUUCGUCACCGACUCCGAGGGCAUACAAGGUGGUGUCUCUGGGUCCGAGCAGGUCUCAGGGUCGAGUAAUUCCUCGUGCCUAAGCGGCAACUCGCCGUCAUCCACUACAGGCAUAUCGGCCACAGCCACAGCUUCAUCGACAUCUAGUUCAAGCAGUUCAUCAAAUAGCUCAUCAAGCAGUAAUGUUACUCUUAUCGCAGGCGCAGCGGGCGGCGGUGGGGCAGUCCUUAUUGCAUUGAUCAUCCUUGGCAUGUGCUUGUGGCGUAAACGGAGAGCGUCUCACUUUCCGGACGUUCAGUCUUCCACAAUAAGCCAUCCACGUCGACUACAGCAUACAGAUCCAAAACACGAAGUCAGCCGUUAUAGUGACUUGACCAAUUCGUCCGCCGGCAACUUCGCAGUUGGUGCCCCUCCUUCAUCAUUAAACCAGACACAACAUUCGCGCCAGAGCUCCAACGCAGACUUUCCUGUCUACGGGGAUGCUCGAAUUUCGACCAUGUCAUCCGCUCACAACCGAAUGGCUGCAUUGUCUCAACCAAUGUCACCAAAUCCCCCGUUACAAUCCCCCGUUGCACCCAUUCGACCUGACAGCCAAUCACCCCCUCUUAAUACCUCUACCAGAAACUUCGCAGUCAGCGACCGUCCCACACUGCAUUCACGCCAGAGCUCAAACGCAGACUUCGCGAUGUAUGGAGACGCUCGAAGUUCGGCUACUAUGUCAUCUGUUGACAGGCGAAUGGCUACCGUCGCUGAAACGCCAUUACCAUUACCAUGGGAGACAGAUCCUGUUAGCUACCUUGGCCCACCCCUUCAAUCCAGAUCCCAACCAAGCCCUAUUGAUGCGUCUGCUGCCGACUUGGCGGCUAAGGACCUUCCCAGACCCUUCAGUCAGGCACAAAAUUCCCGUCAGAGCCCUGACACAGAUAGCUCUGCGGUGCAUGGAGCAUCUGGAAGUCAAUCCGUGGCGUCGGCUAGCGCACAAACAGCCGCAACGGCGGCCAGUCAUACAGACUACCAACCUCCUACCCGAAUUAUUGUGCAUGUCGACGCUGAUGACGUUGUGCCAGACGACAAUGGUAUAAUUGAACUUCCGCCGCAGUAUUCAGAACAUCGGGGAGUCUAUGCCUUGUAAUCCGAGUCUGCGUCAUGACCUACGUUCCAACAAUCUUGACUCUUCGGACAUGGGUAUGCCUGUAGCGCGUUCGUUUUAUUUCGUUAGUGUCCUUUCUUCAAUAAUGAAGCACAAGGGCGUCGUUACUCCUUUGCUUAUCCUCGG